GUGAGGCACGAAUGUGAAUGGAAAAUAUAAGCAAACGAGAUGUACAAAACAAAAUCGGGUGGUUUUUGGAGUUGAAGCCGUGUGACUUCAGACGGAAGCUGAUUAAAGCAUACUUAAAAGACAUAAGGAGAUGCUCUCGAAGCUCUAAGUAUUCCAUACAGGCCAAAUUCUUGCCUACGAAACAAACACCAGAGUCGGUGUCAAUUUUAACACUAUUUGCUGGAAGCACACUAAAUGUUGUCAGAACAGCAAUUCAAGAGCUUGGUUUUGUUGAGAUACUCGACUCCGCUGGCUUAUUCGACAUUGUAUGGUGUGGCACCAGUCUAAUCCCCGACAUCCCACUUGAGAACAGAUUUGUGAACAAAUUCCCAGGAGCGUCAAAUAUACUCGGAAAAAUCAAUCUUUUCCGGACUCUGGAACUGCAUCGACGUUUCUUUCCCCACGUCUACAAAUUCUACCCUCCAACCUGGUUUCUGCCGUUUCAAAAACAAGCACUAGUUGUGGACUCUGCGAACGCAGGUAAGACCAAUAGUUCACAACCCAGCUUCAAACAUACUUACAUCGUCAAACCGGAUAGUGGUACACAAGGAAAGGGGAUCUAUUUGUUCCAGUCACCCAACUGCUAUUCGUUUCGACAGACACCCACCAAUACCAACUGCACACUCAACAACCUUACGGGUUUCGAGCAAGAUCCGAACCGUAGCCCUCAGAAUCAACUCUCUCGUUCUGCUAGCUUGGUCGAACUGGACACUGUGGAGGUACGCACGCCCAAUGUGAAUGGACUGCUACCAGCUCUGGAUGUGGUACAGCGUUACGAGGAGAACCCUGUUCUGCUGCAGGGCUGUAAGACGGAUUUGCGUGUGUACGUAUUGAUCGAAACCCUAAUCCCUUUACGCAUCCACGUGUACCGUGAUGGACUAGUUCGACUGGCCAGCCAACUGUAUCAAAAACCGGAAAAGAGAAAUUUGUGCAAGCACACUAUGCAUUUGACUAAUUAUGCAAUCAACAAACUUCAUCAUCCGCCGAAAUCCAAAACCACAGAACUCAAUGUGUCCGAUCAAAACAUGUGUCACAUGAAGUCCGAAACGUGUAGCCCAGCUGAAGAGAACACUGACAAUGUGCAGGAAUGGCAGUGUAAACGAAGUCUACGAGACUUACUUCAGUCUCCGGAAGCGUUUAUUCCUCCCGAAGAGGUCAAUCCGGAUAACUGGAAACAUAUCGAUCCGGUUAAACUAUGGAAUGAAUUAGACUCGAUUAUUCGACUGACGAUCUUCGCUCUAGUGCCUCACUUCAAAGUGGCCUAUUGGGCCAAGUAUGGACGUCCACUUUCAAAACAGACUUUCGAGCCAAACAGAAUCCCCUCCAGGAGUGAAGUGCAAAGCGACCAGGGAACACGUGGAGGUUUAUCUCAUGACCCAUGUUGUUUCCAGAUCCUCGGAUUCGACUUCCUUCUCGUUGAACCAGACAAUCAUCCCAUACUCCUCGAGGUGAACAGUAACCCCAGUCUCCGUACGGACGCAAUGCAUCACUUCAGUCGAUGGCCAGUAUCUGACACUCAUCCCACAACAGGUAGUUCUUUGGCACCAUUACGCAAGACCAUCAAUUCAACACCGAUGACAGCAAAAGCAACCCCUUCAAGGCUCCUCGCUGAGACAGCUACCUUGUUAUCUGCUGCGCUGGGUGAUCGCUAUGCAGAGUUCGAGCGAAGUAGUGUUGACGAACAGGUCAAAGGAGGUCUGGUACACUGCACGCUGAAGGUGAUUGCUAGGAAAAUACGCAAAAGGCGAGUAGCGCAAUCUGAUACCAUAAUGCAUCGCACAACGGAAACCGAUUCACCGAAAUCCCGAAGUCCUCUAGACUGCAACCUAAUGACUGCGCCCAUACAAGUAAACCAAAUUAUAGAUAUUCAGCUUCCAGCUCUCACUGUUCCACAGAACUUGGAACAUCCGGCUGAGAAUUCACUGAAAAGAAUAGGCCAUCCGUCUGAACUGAUUUCAAACACAACCCUACUACCAACCAUAAGAUGCGGUGCACGAAAACGUGACUUUGGGAAGAUAGAAUCCACUCUCAAGCGUCGAGUAAUAUGUCAGAAAUUCGUGAUGCCGAAGGGGUUCAGAGCAGCGACUCAAGGUGUUUCAGUUUCGAAUUCCACAAGACCACGUGAGAAUAAGGUUGAAAACACUUCAAUAGUCACGGCUACUGAAGCGGAUCGCAACAGUAAUACACUUCGAGUGACUACCAGCAUCAAACGGAGAGAGAUAAAGUUUGCCAAAAUGGAGCUGAUCUAUGCUGAAGGUGAAAAGUCCCAUGAACGAAUGAUGGCAGCCAAGUUGAGAUCUUGUGGCGCUGAAUACCAGAGUUUUCGCGAUAAACUGAACAAAGCAAAGGAACAGUAUGCCAUAAAAUUGGCCGGGGACCCCAAUCUCCACAAAUCAGCCGCGCCUGCUUUCAUUACAAUUCUGAACAUCGAGUCCAUCGAUUCUGCCGCUCGUGUGAUGGACCUACUGGCCGAUAUCUUCCUCUCCGUUCUGUCUGUGCGAAGAACCAAACUUAGAGCGGCUUCGCCACCAAAGGAUCCAAACCUAAUUUCCGACAACUGGACAAGCAAUUCCGGAACGGAAAUGACAAAAUCUAACAGCAUCCAAUCGCAAUUCAUUCCUCGAAUGGACUUGACGUCAUUUCGCACAUUCUGCAGACGAUCUCGUAUGGAUGCCCUGGGUUUCUCGUUCACCGAACUUGACCUGGUAUUUGCGAAACACCGAAACUGGUGGCAGCGGGUUUACGAGCCAGACUUGUCCAGACAAGGACGGGAACCAUGUUACCUCAAUGGACUCAGUUUCCCGGGAUUUGUGGAUCUUUGUGUUCAGUUGGCAAACCACUGUUUUCCAAUGGACUCCAAACCAAGAUUGACCUCUGGGACGAUCCAUCUCCCCGAAAUUCCAUUGCUUCCGCAACCAAUGAACGAACAUGAUGUCACGUUUUCUAAUCGUUCAACCCAUCUGAAAUCACACGCUGCCACAGUUCUACGACGCCCAGAGCCGAAAAAAUCUGUUGCGACAACUACGUCAGAGACGGAGACAUCUAAGUCACAGCUGCCACCAGUAAAUCAUGGUCAAGCAAGGAUCAAUUGUUCAAUUUCGAAGUCCACUGAAAAAGUCACACUUCCCCCACCAUCGUCGAUCACCGAGCCACCAUAUGUGUCACCUGGCUAUGAACUGUUUGACAUCAGCAUAAACCGUCCGAUUGCCGAUUCCUCAUUUUUAAGCCUUCUGCGUUUCCUGGAGCACUGUUGUAUAACCACUUUGCAACUGUGAAGCCACGAUACGACAACUGGUGGCUUGCUGCCCAAACUUCCCAAAUUAUCACUCCAAACUCUCGUGUAAAUGAUGAGUAGCACAUUGGUGUCCCAGUUUUUUGUUCACUUGUAAAUCCUUGCUUUUCCUAACCGCGGCUAAGCCGAGCCAUAGAAAUGUCACUGGCGCGCAACUUAUUCUAUCGGAAGUUUGCGAAUAAACCUCAUCUCAUGCAGCA